UAUGGUUGUUUUUUUUUCAUAUGGUUUUUUGAGGUUUACUUUGUUGUUUUGUUUAUGCUGUUUACUCUUUAGAGUUACCAUUUUAAAAUUGAUUUAACAAUGUUAAUAAAUGAACUUCCUGAUGAUUGUUUGCUGACUAUUUUUGAUUGCAUACAAGAUUUAACGGAUUUAGUAAACUGCUUCAAAGUUUGCAAAAAAUGGUGUAAUUUGAUUGUUGUCCGGACUAAAAAAGUUAAAUAUUUUAUUGACCGACCAAAUAAUUUGCCUGAUUCUGUUUGUCAUCUAUCAGAUGAGUUAAUUGAUGUAACAUUUUUGUGCAAAUGGUUUCCAAAUUUAAGGAUUGUCGACUUUUGCAAAUGUGGAGACAUGUCACCCGCUGAAGCAGUUGAACUAAUCAGAGAUUCAGAAUCUUUGAAAGGAACAAUCACCUCAAUCAAUGUCCUCUUUUGGAUUGGGUCGGCCGAUUUGAGUCGGUUACUGAUGAAUGCUAACCUCGAAAUGUUUUCUACUGAAUUAUUGUUUUUCGAUACAAGUUUAAUCCAUGAACAUGUGAAACAAUUGCACCUCCCGCACCCUAAUACAUUUCUGCCCAAAGAUGCAGCGCAUACUUUCCCAAACCUUGAAAGGCUAAAUAUUUGUUGUGUAACAGAAAGCGGAGAUAAUUACUCUAAUGGUCCAGUAAUGGCAAAUCUUAAGAUAAUUGAAUUGAGGUUGAAUUCUAAUGAUUGGGAAGACCCUUGCCGUAUAUUUGAAGUCAUGGAUUCAUGCCCAGCGUUACAGAGUGCUCAUAUCAUCAAUGGUAAUGAUAAUUUUAAAAUCGAUGAUUCAAUAAAAAAUGCAAACUUACAAGAUUUGGUUAUACAAUUUUAUUUUUCAACCAAAUGGGGUAAACUACCAAGAUGCAUUUCGAAAUAUCCAAAUAUAAAGCAUUUGGCAUUACGAAAUUCACAUUUAAGUGAUGAAGACAUCAAGCGAUUGAUAUUAAUUUUGCCAAAACUAACACUACUUGAUGUUCGUGAGUCUUCUGGAGUCACUCAAGAAGCUGCUGAUCAUGUUCGGGACUAUUGUAAGCAGUAUGGCCGAUCAAUCAAGUUUUAUUUUAAAAAAGACGACAAACAAAUUGAAACUGAUUGGCCGCAGUCAUUAAAUCUACCUGAAAAAAUCUGUCGUGGAUUUGAUUUCAUGGAACACUGUUUUUUCAAAAGUUUCGAUGAUUUGCCCCAUCUUUUGGAUCCAAUAGAUGAUUCUUGAUGAUUGGGAAGACUUUCGUUGUUCACUUGAAGUCAUGGAUUCAUGUCCAGCAUUACAAAGUGCUCAUAUCAGCUAUCAAAACGAUAAUAUUACCUUCAAUGAUUUGGUUAUACAAUUUGUGAGUAGGAUUUUGCUAGAGAUUCUCAUAACAAUUUUUUUUCAUUGUAAUUUUGAUUAUGUGAUAUCCAUUCGUUUUUCUCAAUAAUGAGACAGACUUUGAUCUGUCGACUAUUUUUUAUAUUUUGGAACAACUUUUUUUCAUCGCAAUUGUUAUUUAAAUGUUUAUUCUUAUUAUUAUUCGCAUCUUAACAAAUUGACUCUUUUAUCUAUUCUAAUAGUGCAAACCAAGAUUAAUGUCAAAAUAUCCAAAUCUAAAGCAUUUGGCAUUACGACGUGCCCAUGUAAGUGAUGAAUACAUCAAGCAAUUAAUAUUGAUUUUGCCAAAACAA